AGCCACCCAUGAAUGAGCAGGCAACGGUACUUGUUAACAGACUCACAGACUCGCCUAUGGACCUGCAGCCACAGGACGCAGAGAGAGGCAAGUUCCCCAAGCUUCAGCAUCCCACCACGGAUUGGGCAACUUCUUCUUCUCUACUAAAUGAACUUCUGCUGAGGGGGCCUCAUUUUGACACUGUCUCCUGCCGUGAUCAACAUUUAAAAGAAAAGCUACUUUUCAGGCUACUGCUCUCAAGAUGAUUCCCUCUAUUUCACUGGUGGUACUAUUGACUGUGUGGGCUUCCGAUGCCAAAACAAUUCCACAGACAAACAGUGCAUCUCUUGAAAAGGAUAUGAUCAAUCUCGACAUUCAAGUCAUUCAAAGCCAUGGUUAUGGCAAUGAGGAUGUGAAACGACUGGAAUGGGACAAGCACCACAAGAGAGCACGGCGGGGUGCAGAGGACGAGGACACAGACGCAGGUGAACCUCAGUCUACCUUCUCACGGUCUUAUGAGAACGUGUCCACCUCACCCAGAGCUACCCAGUUCGCUAGCUCAACCCUGGACACUGGGGCCAACACAGACUCAUACCUGGACACUGGGGCCAACACAGACUCAAUCCUGGACACUGGGGCCAACACAGACUCAACCCUGGACACCGGGGCCAACACAAACUCAACCCUGUACACUGAGGCUAACACAUACUCAACCCUGGACACUGCUGGGGCUAACACAUACUCAACCCUGGACACUGGGGCUAACACAUACUCAACCCUGGACACUGGGGCCAACACAUACUCAACCCUGGACAAUGGGGCCAACACAGACUCAACCCUAGACACUGGGGCUAACACAGACUCAACCCUGGACACUGGGGCUAACACAGACUCAACCCUGGACACUGGGGCUAACACAUACUCAACCCUGGACACUGGGGCCAACACAGACGUGGAUCAGGGCAACAGCAGCACUACAGAAAGGGGGAUCACCAACAUCCACAACCCUCUGUACCCAGUGACUUACAGUUCCUACACUGCCUACGCUGUCAUGUUCCUGUCCCUGGUGGUGUUCUCUGUGGGGAUUAUAGGGAACCUGGCUGUGAUGUGCAUCGUCUGGCACAACUACUACAUGAGGAGUACCUGGAACUACAUCCUGGCCAGCUUGGCUUUCUGGGACUUCCUGGUGCUCUGCUUCUGUUUACCUGUGGUGGUCUUCAAUGAGCUCACCAAUAAGAGGCUGCUGGGGGACAUCUCAUGCAGAGUGGUACCAUAUAUGGAGGUGACCUCCCUAGGGGUGACAUCCUUCAGCCUGUGUGCCCUGGGUAUUGACCGCUUCAACUCUACCACCAGCUCCCAGCCCAAAAUCCGGCAAGUGGAGAGCUGCCAGUCCAUCCUGGCCAAGCUGCUGAUCAUAUGGCUGGGCUCCAUGGUGCUGGCGGCCCCAGAGCUACUGCUGUGGCAGCUCAGCCAGGCCGUGUCUCCAGCCACAGGGGCCGUGGUGGACUCCUGCACCAUGAACCCUACCUCCAACCUCCCCGAGUCCAUGUACACCCUUGUCAUCAACUACCACGAGUGCCGCAUAUGGUGGUACUUUGGUUGCUACUUCUGCCUGCCCGUGGUCUUCACCCUCUUGUGCCAGUUGGCCACCUGCCACGUGUCCAAUGACAAUAUCCCCCAGCGCCUGGUGGAACACUCCCCCUCCAAGAAGCAGAAGAUACAACACAGUCAACAGGUGGAGCGCCAGCUCAACUGCACCGUGAUGGCCCUGGCCGUGGUUUACGGCAUCUGCGCCCUGCCGGAGAACGUGUGCAACAUCGUCCUGGCCUACACCGCCAUGCCCAUCUCUGACAACACUGCCACCCUGCUGGCCCUCAUCAACCAGUUCUCCCUGUUCUUCAAGUCGUCGGUGACGCCGGUGCUGCUGCUGUGCCUCUGUAAGUCCCUGAGCCAGGCCUUCAUGGACUGCUGCUGCUGCUGCUGUGAGGAGUGCCAACCCAGUGGCUCACAUUCCCCUGGCACCGAGGCCAAACUCAAGAUUACCAACGAGAUGUCCUCCUCCAUCUUCUUUGACAAAGCCAAGGACAGCUCCGCCAUCCUGUCGAUCAGCGGGUCCAGCUGAACCGGCCUCUCCUGCUUCCUUUCCAUCACCUAAACUGGUUAGAUGUGGUAACUAAGCAACUCACCUUUCAGCAGUGGACAUUCCAAUCUCAAUCAUGGACACACCUUUGUUUUCAGUAUUGUUAGUCAGAAGACAGGGACCAUUGACAGCUUCACCUUCUCUGUAGCCUUAAUGUCUGUAAUGUCUCUCCUUUUGAUGUUCUCUCCAAAUAGAUACAACACCCCAUCCAGUUUUAAGGUGGUUCAUUUUACAGGAAGUUCAGACAUUGACUAGUGCAGACUAGGAGGACUGGAGAGAAGAAGGACAUGAGCUCCAUUUAAUAUCCUUGUAGAAGUGUCACCCUAACGUGUUUAGUCUAAGGAUUAUUAGGUCAAAAAUAAACAGAGUAUUAUGUUAGAUUACUAUACUAGGGUUGACUAACAGCCCCAGAGUGUCCGGCACUGAGAUCAUUAUUUCUUGACGUCACAACUAUUAACAUAUCUGUAAAAUGAUUGGCUCUUUAGUCGACACACAUAAGUGUGCCUUAUCGUUUUCUUCAUGCCACCCAAUUAUCCAUGCAGCUACUUCAUCUAUAGCCGUCCCGUGUAUCAAUUAUUGUUUUGAGUAAUAUUAAUAAUCAACAGGGAGGGUUUAGACAUAGCAUUUUCCAUCUAAUCAAAGUGUUGUGAAUAAUACAAAAUAAUUUGACCAGAUAAUCAUGAGAAGUCACUGUACAGAGGUCAAGGUUAUAAACUGGUUGUAAGAAGGUUAGGAAAGAAGUCAGACAUCAUGUUGUGAAUAAGAGAAAAAUCCACCAGCUCUAGUUGUGUUUAAUUUAUCCAAUAAAGGUUUGUAAUUUA